CUUCCAGAGAACACAGCACAUGUCUGUAUUGUUCCCUCCCAUCACACACAAUGGCUCAAUGACAGGGACACAAUGGACGGACCAUAAGUUACUAAUUACGGGCAACGUUCAUCAGCUAUUUGUCAAAUGUCUCCCUCCCUGCCCACCACGGCUCGUACGCUUACAAACACCUCGUCUUACGCCACGAAAUUCACGCCGGACAUUUAAAAAAAACAGGCGCCAUUCAGAAAUUUUCCAAAGAUGAGAGUCGCUCCAGUGGUUUUGCUGCUUUUCUCGGUUUCGUGUUCUUUCUGUGCGGGAGACGAGGUGGUCGUACCUACGACGUACGGGGACGUGCGCGGCUUCGAGCUGAGGAACGUCCGCGCCUUCUUCGGGAUCCCCUACGCCAGGCCGCCUCUGGGAGGCCUUCGGUUCAAGGAGCCCCUGCCCCCGAGCAGCUGGACGGGCGUACGCGAUGCGACAAAGUUCGGGCCCGACUGCCCACAGAAGGCGUGGUUCCUCAUGGCCAUCUUCAACAGAACUCACCAAAUAUCAGAGGACUGUUUGUACCUGAACGUAUAUUCUCCAAAUAAGCCAGCAGAUAGCGGUCUCCACCCGGUGCUGGUGGUGAUCCAUGGCGGGUCGUACCGGAGAGGGUCCGGCCGGGAGUAUGACGGCGCCGUGCUGGCAGAGCGGGGCACGGUCGUGGUCACCCUCAACUUCAGACUGGGGGCGCUCGGAUGGCUCAGCACAGAGGAUGAGAGCGCCUUGGGGAACUUUGGGCUACUGGACCAGAUUGAGGCUCUGAAGUGGGUUCAGAUGAACAUUAAGCACUUCGGCGGGGACCCCGACAGGGUGACUAUUAUGGGAUGUGCUGCCGGUGCCUCCAGCGCUGCCCUGCACCUGACGUCAAUCUACAGCGCAGGUCUGUUCCACGGAAUGAUCCUGAGCAGUGGAUCUCUGGUAAACCCCUGGACAGUCCUCCUGCCCCCAUACAGACCCUAUGACCAUGCUGCGGACUUGGCGGAGAAACUUGGAUGUCCGACAGAGUCCACAGAGGACCUGGUGAACUGCCUGCGUCAGAAGACGGCAGAAGAGCUGGUGGAGACAAGCGUGGAGGGCCCUCCGAUGAUCUCCGUGUGGGCCCCGGUGGUUGACGGGCCGGGCGGGGUGAUCCCGGACAGUCCCACGAAGCUUCUGGCGAAGGGAGCCUUCAGCAAGGUGCCUCUGCUAAUGGGGACCGCCAGUAAAGAGAUGUCCUACAUCUUUGCUGAUGUGAAGGGGAUCGAGUUCGGGGUGAGUUCAGACAUGGUGGAUGAGAUGCGGUCCCGGUGGGUGGAGCGGUACCCUUCCCGGGCACGGAGGUACAUCAAGGACAUCAUCAGCUUCGAGUACACCGACUUCAAGAACAUGCACGACCCGGCAGCACUGAGGGACAAUUACAUCAAGUUUAAGACGGACUAUGGGUACCACUCACCCAUGCUGCACCAGGCCAAUGCCCACUCCGGCUCAGGCGCACCCACCUGGGUCUACGUGCUCGACUACCGCUCCGAGAACAACCCACGGCCGAAAUGGAUGGGAACGAUGCAGGCGGAUGACCAGGUGUUUAUUUUCGGGCCGGGGACGCUGAUGUUGAACGACAGAUUCCGUCUGACGGACAGAGACAGGGAGGUCACCGACAUGAUGCGGACAUUCGUGACCAACUUCGUGCGGUUUGGGAACCCCUCCCCUCAGAGCCAGCCACUAGAGUGGAAGAUGUUCCACGGAGACCAGCAGAGCUACCUGCAGGUCAGGAAGCCGGGAAAGACCCGCAUGAAGGACUACUUCAAGACCAAAGUGACGGCCCUGUGGACGUCCUACGUGCCUGAGACCGUCCGCCGCGUCUAUAACGUGUCGGCGGACGACAUCAACCCGUUCGGGGGGUCCGUGUAGGACUGGGACGUACUAAAUGUUACAGUCUACAACUAUGUAGGAGGGGGGGGGGGAGAUAUACUGUUAGAAAAGUGGGGGAAAUGUUACUGUUAGAAAUGUGAAAAGUGGGAAAGCCAGUUUUCCACUGUGUGUCACUGUGUGACAGACCAUAGCUGGUAGAAAAUGUAAAAUGUAGAUUGACUAGUUUUCACUUGUACCUGAUGUAUGACAAAGUUGUAUCCAGAGAUGAAAGACCACAUUGUGAACUGUGUACUGCUUCAGAGAUGGGGAAUGGGUACUUGUUUCUAAGUGUGACUAAGUUAGAAACUAUAGGAUUCGCACACACACUCCAGCAACUUAUCUGAUGAACCAAAAUGACAGCCUGGUAUAGAUGUGUACGCACAACAGGGCAUUGGCAUGGAUACUUGUUACCAAUUAUAUCUUCAACGGGGCAAAUAAAAUUAUUAACCAUGGCGACUGAUUAACAUCAUGUCAUAUUUACACGAAAGAGAGUGCUUUUGUUAAGUCUGUACCACGACCUGGAAGUACUUA